AUGAUGAAAAGUGAGACAAAAAAGAAUAUGAUUCACAAUAAACAUUAUCCUUAUUAUCAAAUCCCAUCGAUGAAAUCGCACGAGGCUUCGGUCUUUCCUACACACGAAAUCUUUCAUCGAAUGGCAACCCCACAAGCAACUGGCCGUUACUACGAACAAAAACAAUCGAGCAUUUAUUGGCCAUUUCAACAAUUUUCAACUCAUCGGGAUAUGCGCUUACCAUUUGUUUUCCCUUAUACUCGUCAAGCAACCUCGACAAGUAAUUCAUUGAAAUCUUCGAAUGAGCGAAAUCAUUUAACAUCGAAUCCCACUCUUCAUCAAUCAAAGAAACCUUUACAACCUCUUAUGUCUGACAAAUCGUCUGCGAAAUCGUCAAAUACAACACAAUUGAAUUUCUCCAUCGAAAGAAUUCUAGGCGAAAAAUCAACAUCAAAACCAUCCAUAACAGUAUCAUCAUCGUCAUCAUCAUCGUCAACUAUGAUGACGACGACAACAACAACAGUUAGCACAACUGUUGUGCAUGGUCGUGGACACAAAUCUCUACCUUAUCCUCUACGAAAAGAGAAUGGCAAAAUCAUCUACGAAUGUGUUCAAUGCCAUAAAACCUUCAGUCAAUUAUCAAAUCUCAAAGUUCAUCUAAGAACGCAUACAAACGAACGACCAUUUGUUUGUACACAAUGUCCGAAAUCGUUCACACAAUUUGCUCAUCUUCAAAAACAUACACUCGUUCAUUCAGGUGAACGCCCACAUUCAUGUCCAUAUUGCCCAAAAAGAUUCUCAUCAACAUCAAAUCUGAAGACUCAUCUACGUCUACAUACAGGAGAUAAACCAUAUCUCUGUCCGAAUCAUUCAUGUUCAGCACGCUUUACACAACUUGUUCACUUGAAAUUACACAAAAAAACACACUUAGACGAACAAAUCAUCUCAUCCAAUUCAUCAUCGUCAUCAGCAUCCAGUAAUAUCAAUUUCAAUUCAAUCUUAUAA